AUGAAGUCCAUCAAUGCGACGUGGAUCAGAUCAACUAUUGAAAGCAUUGAAAAUAAUAAAAUUGCUACCUGUUUCCAAGCAGUUUUAUCAUUUUUAACGGGAGAUCUCAGAAUAUUAGAGGUACAUCUCCAUGAACCCCAAAAUGUUAAUAUAACGGUGUAUUUUCUCCAAAGUUUCUGAAAGUAACUUCACAGGGGCCACUGAGCCCUGCCCUUCUUGUAAUUCUUCUUCCAUUUCUUCACGGCUCUUUUCUUAAGCUCAAUCUUGAUUUGUACCUUCUUGAUCUCACACCAUGUCCCACAAUUUACAUACCGGUGAACUUUGGUCAUCUCCCAAACUCGCAUUCCGCCCCAAUCUUUAUUCGACUCUUUUUCAAACUCGGCAAGGGAAUUUCGGCCUUGGGCGAGUAAACUAGCCGCCCUGUGUGCCUCCCCGAGUUGAACUGCUUUGGCCCAAGUUUCAUAGCCUUCGCAUGCAUCGUCAUACAAAGGCUCCAAGCGGGUUUCCACUGCUUCGGCCUCCGCUUGAAUUGUCGUGUGCAGUCCGAAGGCAUUUUCUUUUGUGACUUUUCGGGCCUUUGGCUUGGAUCGUCGGGGUAGUUGAUCCUCGGUUAGAUUCCGAGACUGAUCUGAUACAAUCCCGUUAAAGUGAUUCGGUACUGAUGCGUCUUGGAAGGGAUACAUUGCAAUCUUGGCGUGCAAC